GUGUGACUAUCUACUGUGCUAGAAACAGAACAUGGCCAAGGAGUAAAGAAUUUAGAAAGGUAAGAUGUAGCUUUUAGGUUUCCUGGGUCUAUAGUCAGCAAUAGAAGGAUCACACAAGCUGAGAAGUUGAAAUACAAAGUUGCCAUAAGAUGCUAUAAGGUCACUGCUAACUAGAAAUGGCUUCAACACCACGUUAUGCCUAAAAGGAGCAUAGAACCUCAAAGGCCCACACAAUUUCUGGUGAAGCUGGGCAACUCAAUCUCUCUGAGCCUCUCCUCUGGAAUUAUAAUAAUACCUAACUCAAGAGCGUUGUCAGGAUUAAGUGAGAUGAUCCAUAUAAAAUACAUACUUGCCCAGAAGCACCGCCCCCCGUACGUGCGUGCUUGAGCGAGCGUGCGCACAGGCUGCUGGGAUGCCGCUUUUCCCUUCUCGGUCUUCCAGUUUCCCGGCGUGCUUCGGGACCGCCAAAUGGGAGGGGGAGACGCAAGAUGGCGGCACCCGCGAACUCCGGCUCUACCCUCCCGCUGUUCGAUUGCCCAACCUGGGCAGGUAAGCCCCCUCCCGGUUUACAUCUGGAUGUAGUCAAAGGAGACAAACUAAUUGAGAAACUGAUUAUUGAUGAGAAGAAGUAUUACUUAUUUGGGAGAAACCCUGAUUUGUGUGACUUUACCAUUGACCACCAGUCUUGCUCUCGGGUCCAUGCUGCACUUGUCUACCACAAGCAUCUGAAGAGAGUUUUCCUGAUAGAUCUCAACAGUACACACGGCACUUUCUUGGGUCACAUUCGGUUGGAACCUCACAAGCCUCAGCAAAUUCCCAUCGAUUCCACGGUCUCAUUUGGCGCAUCCACAAGGGCAUACACUCUGCGCGAGAAGCCUCAGACAUUGCCAUCGGCUGUGAAAGGAGAUGAGAAGAUGGGUGGAGAGGAUGAUGAACUCAAGGGCUUACUGGGGCUUCCAGAGGAGGAAACUGAGCUUGAUAACCUGACAGAGUUCAACACUGCCCACAACAAGCGGAUUUCUACCCUUACCAUUGAGGAGGGAAAUCUGGACAUUCAAAGACCAAAGAGGAAGAGGAAGAACUCACGGGUGACAUUCAGUGAGGAUGAUGAGAUCAUCAACCCAGAGGAUGUGGAUCCCUCAGUUGGUCGAUUCAGGAACAUGGUGCAAACUGCAGUGGUCCCAGUCAAGAAGAAGCGUGUGGAGGGCCCUGGCUCCCUGGGCCUGGAGGAAUCAGGGAGCAGGCGCAUGCAGAACUUUGCCUUCAGCGGAGGACUCUACGGGGGCCUGCCCCCCACACACAGUGAAGCAGGCUCCCAGCCGCAUGGCAUCCAUGGGACAGCACUCAUCGGUGGCUUGCCCAUGCCAUACCCAAACCUUGCCCCGGAUGUGGACUUGACUCCUGUUGUGCCAUCAGCAGUGAACAUGAACCCUGCACCAAACCCUGCGGUCUAUAACCCUGAAGCUGUAAAUGAACCCAAGAAGAAGAAAUAUGCAAAAGAGGCUUGGCCAGGCAAGAAGCCCACACCUUCCUUACUGAUUUGAUAUUUUUGGUCAUGGAGAAGGGUGGGAUUGGGUGGGAAUGGGGUGGAAGGGUGAUGGGGAGCUAAUGAACUAGGGGGAAAAACUUUCCAUGUGUGCGGUAUCGUCUUUCAGAAUGUCUCCUGGCAUCCUAACCAUGUAAUAUGACAAUUGGGGGUGGGGUUGAAAUAGCCCAUAAAGACCUGUCUUCACAACACUUGCAGUGUAGAGAAAGGCUUCUUAUAUCCUUUUCAAUAGACUGCCCUGACUCUUUCCUAGGCCUUCCACUACCUCCUUUCUUUCUCCCACUCUCUAGGAUCGUUUUUAUGUAAAGUCACAUAUCCCAGGCCCUCAGGUUGAAUCCAGAGCUGUAGACGUUACAGUAGCAUCACCAGCCUUGGGGGUCCAGCAGCCUAAUUUAUAUUCACUAUCCUUGCAAGUCCCAGGUAGCAGAAGGGUUGCCAUAGAUCUCAGUUUGAUCAAAAAGAAGGCUUAGAAUUCUGCAGUUAAGCUGAGGUUUAAACUAAAAAAUGUUUCCUUGGGUCAGUGGUUUUGAGGUCCAAUAGUUAGGCUUUUCUAUUUGUCCUUCCUGUUGGAAUGAAAACAUUUCGAUUUUCCUUCAUCUGUGACUGGUGCCAUAGACACAGGUUUAUAGUUUUAACUUACAGUAUUGUUGGAAAUUUACCUGUUUUUCUUGUCAAACCUGAGCACUCCACCUGCUGAAGUUUCUUAUUUAAUUCCAGAAUACUGUCCUCUACUCUAAGGCAUUACUUUUAACUGUAUUAUGAAGGCAGUUUUCAAAGGAUAUGACCAGUUGGGGUAAUUCAAAUUAAAAAGGAAGAGAUUUGUUUGGAAGUAACUGGUGUCUCUAAGAGGAAUUUUUAGAUGUCAGUUUGGAGGCUCUUUCCCCCCUCAAUUGAGAGCUCUUGUUAUUCAGAGCUCCAAGACUAGACCUGGCUAACAAACAUAGGAGACAAAGUUAGGAAACAUUGAUACAAGCUUUGUACAGAGAUUUGUACAUUUGUGUAAUAGGCCUUUUCAUGCUUUAUGUGUAGCUUUUUACCUGUAACCUUUAUUACAUUGUAAAUUAAACGUAACUUUUGUCA